AUGCUCUCAGAGACGCAGCUCAAAUGGGAGGAGCCUACAAAAAGGAAAGGAAAAUUCGGGACAAGAAAUGACGGAGGCUGGCCGACGUCUUCUCCAGGGGUCCAAGCCUCUGACGCGGGUGGAGAACCACCGGUUGGACCCAUCUCUGCCCUAUCCAAAGACAACACUUUGCUUUAUGAGAUUACAGCCUAUCUAGAGGCUGCUGGAAUUCACAACCCGCUCAAUAAAAUCUACAUCACCACAAAGCGCCUGUCUUACUUUCCAAUUAUAAACUUCUUAUUCGUUAUCAGUCAGCUGCAAAGCUUCAGUACAACAAAAACCAAGGGAUGA